AUGGGGCAUUGUGUGGCUCUGGACGUGUACACGAAAAGUUUUGAUGAUGUCAUAGAAAACGUUGCCAGAAAGUACAAGUGCAUUGAUGAUACCCUACUAUAUGACAUGAGUGUUGAACAAGUGUUUUGGUAUCUGUUUGAUUUUUUGGAGGUGUGUGAGAAACAUGGGAUUACACUAAAUCCGUCUAAAUUCAAGUUUUGUAAACGUGAAGUAAAAUUUGUGGGUUAUCAGGUGGGUUGGGAUACCUACCAACCAACAGCUGAUAGGCUAUCAGCUGUCAAAGAUUUCCCCAUGCCGUCGGAGCUGUCUAUAACUGACAUUCGUGCAUGGCAUGGAUUAGUGAAUCAGCUGGCCCCAUUCAUGGCAACGGCCCCUGUGAUGGCUCCAUUUGGGGAUCUGCUUAAGAAACCAUCAAAGAAAAAAAAUUAUUGGGAUGAUCAAGCUGCAACGAGAAUUCGAGAAGGUUGUCCAAAUUUGACAUUGUUUACGGACCAUGGUCCCUUAGUAAAUUUGUUUGGUAAUAGGGAGUUAAAGGAUAUUUCUAAUCCCAGAUUAUUUAGGUUAAAGGAAAAGACAUUGCAGUAUCAUUUCAGCAUAAAAUACUUGCCUGGAAAAAGAAACUGUGCAGCCGAAAUACUCUCCCGCUAUCCCUCACUCCGUGCCAAGCCAGAAGACAAAGAUUUGGAACUCAGCGAUGACCUCAAGGUUGCUAUGGUAAUGUCCUUGGCGGCAGCGCUUGAGGUGGAGGACGUCGUCGUGAUGGAUCAAGAGACUGUCCUCAGGGCAGCUCGAGAUGACCCGGUGUACCAGUUACUACUGACGAGAGUUUACAACGGUGAUUGGCCUCAGAGUAAGAGUCAAGAGCUUGAGUGUUUAAAACCUUUCUGUGGUGCGCGAGAAUGGUUAGCGGUAUCAGGCGAACUGAUAACAUAUACCUAUGACCAAGGAUGUGUACGUUUGGUCAUCCCAGAAAGUUUACGGCAGCAGGUAGCGGCUAACAUGCACAGCGGGCAUCAAGGUCUCGAAUCUAUGUUAAGAUGGGCCCAUCAGUCAGUGUAUUGGUCAGACAUAACAGGCGACUUGGAGCAUCAAAGGGCAAAGUGUCAAGUAUGUGAGACGUACACCCCAUCGCAGCAGCAAGAACAUUUGAUCAUAACGCCCCCACCAGAGUACCCCUUUCAACAAUUGUGGUGGACCUGCUGA